UUUAUUAACCCUUCGGUUUUUCAUUUCAAAUCAAACAUCAAAUUGUAACACAACAUUGAUUGUUUAUCUUACAAUUAAGAAAAUUCUUAUAUAUAUUUAUGAUUGUGUAGAUGGAACAUAAUAAUAUUGGGUAAUUGGUAUACUUUUUUUAGUCAUUCAAAUCAGAACUACUAGUAGUAUUAUUUUUUGUUAAACUGUCUGUAGUGUAGACGUUGGUGCUUAUUGAGUUGUUGCUUAGUUGGUGUUUAAUUGUUUAUAGUUCAUAAUUCCUGUACACUUGCAACGCAUCAAGUGCAUUUCUUGCACUCAGCAUGGCAAAUGAUAACAAAAUGACAACAAACAGCAAAUUUGUUCUACCGGUAAGCAGCGAUGACAAUCUGAGUGUACUGUCGGUGAUCUACAGAUUUUUUAAGAAGGUCACAAUAGUAGGUGCAGUAUAUUUAGUUGGUUAUAUGCAAUGGAGUGUAGCAUGGUUGAUUGGUCCCGUGGUAUUAUCGGUGAUGCGAGAUCAGUGGCGAAAGGAAAGCGAAUAUCGUCGAAAUUUGGCGAAAACUGCAGCUCUCUCUUCAGAAAAAGAUGUCGUUCUUGCAAGACUCGAUGAUCUUCCUGCAUGGGUCUUCUUUCCGGACGUAGAAAGAGCGGAAUGGCUUAACAGGAUCCUUCUCCAAGUGUGGCCGAACGUUAACCAUUAUGCAAGGACUCUCCUCAAGGACUCCAUAGAACCAGCUGUCGCCGAAAGUUUGGCUAACUUUAAGCUGAACGGUUUUAAGUUCGAGAGAAUGAUUCUUGGUACUAUUGCGCCGCGCGUCGGAGGCGUCAAAGUUUACGAUAAGAAUCUUUCUAGAGAUGAAAUCAUCAUGGACGUAGACCUGUUUUAUGCUGGUGAUUGUGAUAUUUCAUUCGUCCUUCAACGUAUUCGAGGGGGCAUUAAGGAUUUGCAGAUCCACGGCAUGGUGCGUGUGGUGAUGAAGCCGCUGAUCACGAAGAUGCCGCUGGUGGGGGGGCUGCAAGUGUUCUUUCUCAAUAAUCCGUCCAUUGACUUCAACCUCGUUGGUGCCGCUGAUGUUCUAGAUAUGCCUGGCUUUAGUGACAUUUUACGGCGAUGCAUUGUGGAGCAAAUAGCAAAGAUGAUGGUGCUACCCAACAAAUUGCCCAUAAAGUUGAGCGACGAAAUUCCAACGGUCGACCUGCGCAUGCCUGAACCAGAAGGUGUACUUCGUAUUCACCUGGUGCAAGCUCAGAACUUGAUGAAGAAAGAUGUGUCAAUGUUGGGUAAAGGUAAAUCGGAUCCUUACGCCAUCAUAACAGUUGGCGCGCAGCAGUGGAAGACCAAACACAUAGACAACAACAUCAACCCUCGCUGGGAGUACUGGUGCGAGUCUGUGCUGCGCCAGAGCGCGACCCGCGCUGCCAUACAGCUUUACGACUGGGACCGGACGGGCAGGGAUGAGAAACUCGGCAGAUGCUCUCUAGAUAUCUCCCAAGUUGUACGCGCUGGUCGUUUAGAUACGUGGCAAACACUCCAGCAGGCAAAGACCGGCAAAGUGCAUCUUCGAUUGUCUUGGCAUCGAUUUUCCACUGACUUGGCCGAUCUAAGUCACGCUCUUACUGAAACCCAACUUGUGAAGAAUGCAGAGCUAAGUUCAGCAGUUGUGUCAGUUUAUAUAGAUUCGUGUAAGAAUUUACCAAAUGCGCGUGCGCAAUCCCGACCUGAUCCGUACUUGACGGUGACAGUGGGCAAGAAGACCGAGAACACUGCCGUACAGAUGCGUACCGACAGUCCGGUCUACGAAAUAGGAUAUUCCUUCCUCGUUCAGAAUCCUGAAAUCGAUGUUCUGGAAAUAAAGGUUAUAGAUCAGAAGACAGGCAAUCAACUCGGCCAGCUAACCUACGGAAUCGCUUCAUUGUUAAAACAAAAAAAUCUUACAAUGUUGAGCCAACCACUGAACUUGCAAAAAUCUGGACCUGAAUCUAAAAUUAUUAUAGCAUCACAAUUAAAGAUCUUAAAAGAGGCUAUAAAAGAAGAGGACAUUGAUGAGGAGAUUGUAUCGGUCGCUCCGAGCGAGCCCGAGCCCGAGCCGGCCGCGAACACAGACAACAACUCUGUAAACGCCCCAUUAGCUCAACCCUCGGACACGGAUCUGAAGGACUUAGUGGAUUCAGCUCCUACAGUGAACCAAUCCGAUAAUGUAUCUGAAAAAUCGAUUCCCGUUGAACAGAUCAUUAAAGAAGUCGACGUUCCUCAAGAGAGCCAAAUUCAGCCGGAACGCGAAUCACCGAAGCUAAUUCAUAGAACCUCCUCUUUGACAACGUCUGCCGGUGAAGCUGGACUGGGUCGUAUCUUAUUGUCUCUUCGCUAUAGUAUGCAAAAUCAAAUUCUAUACGUUGUAGUACACAAAAUUAUGAACAUACCUCUUAAGGACCCUACCAAUGUGCCCGAUCCAUAUGUGAAGUUGUAUUUACUACCCGGACGAUCCAAGGAUUCUAAACGGAAGACCGCAGUGGUAAAAGAUAAUUGCAUGCCCGAAUAUGACGAGCAGUUCGAGUGGGCCAUCCCGCUAGCCGAGUUACAUUCGCGUCAGCUCGAAGUGACCGUCGCCACGCACAAGGGUUUCCUCGGCGGUAGCCCCAUUAUCGGACAGGUAAUUGUGCAACUUAAUCAGUACGACAUCCGUGAAGCCAAAACACUGUGGUUUGAUCUUUUGCCUGAAUCAUCACCACGAGAGUAAAAAGUCAGCAGUUAGGUGCUUAAAAUACAAUCGUAUGUGUAUGCUUAUUUAUGCUAAGCCAUAUUUAAAUGAUCUGUCUUAAAAUUUUUGAACUGUAUUUUAUUAUAUUUCUGGUGUAAUUAAAUAAAUACAAAAUCGAAAAAUCUUGUACAAAUGUUAUUUUUAAACAAUAAUAUCAGUUAUACAAUUAUGUAACAACGAUAGUACGAGUUGUAAACCUAAGAAUGUGCGUCUACACUUUAUUCACAAGAAAUAUUUAAUCAGGGUAAAGGUUUUAUAACACCAUUCAACAAAAGGCAGUAGAUUUUUCUUGUAAUGCUCUUUGCAUUACAAGAAAAAUGUUAGUAUGGUAAAGACGCUGAAUAUGAAUUAAUAUCAAUAAAUUUCAAUAAUAAAUUUACACGAGUUUUGUGGUAGGAAGCUUAUUAACCUGUAAAUCUAUUUCUAAAGAAAAAAUACCAUUAGCAUACUAUAUAUUAUAUCACUGCUGGUUAUUGACAAAUAAUUAAAUAUUUUAAUCCCAUUAUGUGAUCAAUCAUAAUGAUAAUCUGAUUUUGUUUUUAUUCAAUUAACACAUGUUACCAAAAUAUAAUUUCAGUUUGCAUUUGUAAUGUUGUUUGUUAGUUAAGAAUUGUUCCAUCUUAAAAAUGUUUUAUGCCUAAUGAUUUCAUUUUACUUAUGUAGACAUUGAUUUUGUUUCAAAUU